UCCCCUCUCUCCGCCGCCCCCCACCCCAAGCCGCCAAAGCCCUAGCGCCGCCGCCUGCACCGCCGCCGCUGCGAUCCCAGCAGCCAGCACCGCCACCAUGGCUGCCGUGCUCACCCGCCCCACCCCGGGCACGGUCCAGUGCUUCGGCCGCAAGAAGACGGCCGUGGCCGUGGCCUACACCAAGCCGGGGCGCGGGCUGAUCAAGGUGAACGGCGUCCCCAUCGAGCUGAUCCGCCCGGAGGGGCUCCGCCUCAAGGCCUUCGAGCCCAUCUUGCUCGCUGGGCGCUCCCGGUUCAAGGACAUCGACAUGAGGAUCCGCGUCCGCGGCGGAGGGAAGACGUCGCAGAUCUACGCCAUCCGCCAGGCCAUCGCCAAGGCCCUCGUCUCCUACUACCAGAAGUACGUCGACGAGGCCGCCAAGAAGGAGGUCAAGGACAUCUUCGGCCGCUACGACCGCACCCUCCUCGUCGCCGACCCCAGGCGCUGCGAGCCCAAGAAGUUCGGUGGUCGUGGUGCCCGCGCCAGGUUCCAGAAGUCCUACCGUUGAGCGAUUGCUUGCCGCAUCAAAAUUUGCCAGACCGUUGUGUGCGGUCUUGGCUUCAUCUCCUAUAAAUGGAGCUGCUUAUCUGGUUCUAUAUCUAGCUGCUGCUUUACCUUCAAGUUUAGACUUUUAAGCCUAGUGUUGAACCGUUUUGACAUUGUGAUAUGAAUGUGAGAGAUUUUGAAUAGUCUCUGAAAUAUGGUUUUGCUGUUUAUCCAUGUCCAGGCACUUUGAUAUGGCUUCCUUGUAUUUUGUGCUAUGUAAGAGUAGUAUUUCAAUUUCACCAAGUACGUGUUUCAUUCGUUUCA